AUGGGAACUGCGGUGUCCAAAAGGAAGAAUCUGAGGAGUGAUGCGAUAUCUUCCGUGGCAGCAAAAGUUCGAGCAGCCAGAGCAUUCGGAGAAUACCUGUCCAAUACCAAUCCAGAGAACCGUAACGGAGCAGAUCAUCUAUUGUCUGACACUUUCCCCGGCCAGGACUGCGACUCUCCAGACGUCAGCCGCUUGCAUAACAACAAUCUGCCGCCACAGAGCCGCUGUUUGCCCAUAACUAAGCCUAACCCUUCCAGCCAGUCAAACCCCAGUGUUCACCUACAAUCCCAGCCUCAGACUAACGCCAUACAGGCUCAAGCACCUUGUGGACCCUCCAAACGUCGACUCUCUGCGGAGCGCAGCCUCUCCACAGAGAACCCACCAGGUGCCAGAGUCCCAGAAGGGGGCACGGCGGUGAAGCCAGCCAGGGUGUACACCAUCACCCAGGAGGGAGGGAUGACCCUAGGGGGCCGUGGCAGUGAGGAGAGCCUGGAGCUGGAGGUUCUGAAAGGCUCCAGGGAGCAGCCUCCAUCCCAGGCUCCGGACAACAACCCGUCAUGCACCAGCCAACCUUCCGCCGCAGUCGCUCGUGGUAGCCAUCACCGUAGCAGCCAUAACCGCAGCAACCAUCACCAUGCCCACCAGCAUCACGGAGGCCCGGCAUCAUCAUCGCAGCCACUGCAGAGCUCAGGGAGCGCCAACAACAUCCGGGACUGGGGGCUGAGAAAAGGGGGGUCGCGGGACGACUACACCCCAGACUGUGUGGCCUGCAUUCGUGCUCCAUGUCAAAGCCAGCGCUCCCUGGACCUUGAUACCUCACCGCGGGAUGGAGGGAAGCACCGCAAGAAACUGGAGAGGAUGUACAGCGAGGACAGAGCGUCUACUGAUGACAGGGAGGACAAUCCUAAUAGCUGGUUCCCCAAAGAGAAUAUGUUCAGCUUUCAGACAGCCACCACCACCAUGCAGGCAAUAUCGGCUUUCCGGGGCAUUGCUGAGAGAAAGAGGCGGAAAAGAGAGCAGGAGGCAGCUACCGCGAUGGAGAGAAAUUUCCGCAAACACCUUAGGAUGGUGGGCAGCCGCAGGAUGAAGGUCCAGACCUUCGCCGACCGCCGUGCCAAGAGUUUCAGCCGCUCGUGGAGUGACCCCACCCCUGUCAAGCCUGACUCACUGCAUGACUCCAGAGACAGUGGCGAGCUUCAGACCUCCUCAGGGACACUAGAUGAAGGGCCGGAUGAGGAUGCCGACAGGGAGGAGGAGAGGGAGGCGGAGAGAGCGGCCUGUGAAGGGGACGAUUUUAUCCCUCCUAAAAUCAUGCUGAUAUCCUCCAAGGUCCCGAAGGCUGAAUAUGUUCCCAACAUCAUUCGUAGGGACGACCCCUCCAUCAUCCCUAUUCUCUAUGACCAUGAACAUGCCACGUUUGAUGACAUCCUUGAGGAGAUAGAGAAGAAGCUGACUGCCUACAGAAAAGGCUGCAAAAUCUGGAACAUGCUCAUUUUCUGCCAGGGAGGACCAGGACAUCUGUACCUGCUGAAGAAUAAAGUCGCUACCUUUGCCAAAGUGGAGAAGGAAGAUGACAUGAUCCAGUUUUGGCGGCGGCUCAGCAGGUUGAUGAGCAAGCUUAACCCAGAGCCUAACCUCAUCCAUAUCAUGGGAUGUUAUGUGCUGGGGAGCGCCAAUGGAGAAAAGCUGAUUCAGACUCUGAAGAGACUGAUGAGACCCUCCUCAGUCGAAUUCAAGUCCCCACUAGAGCUGUCCGCACAGGGCAAAGAGAUGAUCGAGAUGUACUUUGACUUCCGUCUGUUCCGCCUGUGGAAAAGCCGUCAGCACUCGAAGCUGCUGGAUUACGACGACCUCUUGUGA